AUGGCGUUUGCGCGCACCCGACUGGCCCUGGCCGGUCGCGUAGACCCAGCCGUCGUGACCCAGAGUCAGGUCGGUCAGGCCCCGGAAGCGCUCGCCGCGGUAGCCGCUGACGAGGAUAGUGACCUCGCCCGUGUGUCCGGGACGACUUCGACCACGCCGAGGCGGUGGUCGGCCACCAGGAUGCGGCCCCCAGGCGUGCACGUGAGCCCAUUGGGCCAGCCGUCGUACUCGGCCACCAAUGUCCACGCUCUGCUCUGCGGAUCGAUCCGGAAGAUGCGCCAAAAAGAAAUGUCGACCACGUAG